GGGAGGGGCCGGCCGCCCGGCCCCUCGCCCUGGCGCGGAGGCCGCUCGGACGGCCAGAGGUCCUGCGACUCUGUAGCAGCCCGGCCAUGAAGCCCAACUUCUCCCUGCGACUGAAGGUCUUUAACCUCAACUGCUGGGGUAUCCCCUACCUGAGCAAGAACCAUGGAGACCGUAUGAAGCGCCUGGGGGACUUUCUGAACAUGGAGAGCUACGACCUAGCCUUACUGGAGGAGGUGUGGAGUGAGCAGGACUUCCAGUACCUGAAACAAAAGCUGCUACCCACCUACCCAGCUGCACACUAUUUCAGAAGUGGCAUCAUUGGGAGUGGACUCUGUGUCUUCUCUAAACAUCCAAUCCAAGAAUUCCUCCAGCACGUGUACACCCUCAACGGCUAUCCCUACAUGAUCCAUCACGGUGACUGGUUCUGUGGAAAGGCUGUAGGGUUGCUGGUGCUCCAUCUGAGUGGACUGGUGCUCAAUGCCUAUGUGACCCAUCUCCAUGCCGAAUACAAUAGACAGAAGGACAUCUACCUGGCACAUCGUGUGGCCCAAGCUUGGGAACUGGCCCAGUUCAUCCACCACACAUCCAAGAAGGCCGACGUGAUUCUACUGUGUGGGGACCUCAACUUGCACCCAAAGGACCUGGGCUGCCGCCUGCUAAAGGAGUGUACAGGACUGCAUGAUGCUUACCUGGAGACACAUGACUUCAAGGGCUCUGAUGAAGGCUGUACAAUGGUACCUGCGAACUGCUAUGUCAAGCAGCAGGAGCUGGAGCCAUUUUCCUCGGGCAUUCGCAUUGACUACAUGCUUUACAAGGCAGUUUCUGGGUUUUACAUUUCCUGUAAGACUUUCCAAACCACUACAGGCCAUCACCCUAACUCUGGCACCCCCCUGUCUGAUCACGAGGCCCUGAUGGCCACUCUGUGUGUGAGACACAGUCCUCCCGAGCACAACCCCAGUCCUACCCAUGGAACAAAAGAGGGGUCACCAUUGAUCAGUGUGCUGAGAGAGGCUUGGACAGAGCUGGACCAGGGCUUGGCUCAAGCUCGCUGGUGGACUUCCUUUGCUAGCUAUGCAAUUGGUCUGGGGCUGCUUCUCCUGGCACUGUUGUGUGCCUUGGUGGUUGGAGGGGGUGUUCGGGAGGUGGCCCUUCUACUCUGGGCCCCCAGUAUAGGCCUGGUGCUGGGGGCAGGUGCACUCUACCUGUUCCACACGCAAGAAACCAAGAAUCUGUGUCGGGCCCGGGCUGAGCUGCAGCAUGUGCUGCAAAGGGCAAGGGAAGCCCCAGACCUGAACCCAGCUGCUCCACUCACCCUGCUUCUGGGGCAGCAAGAGGGGGAUGGAGCUGAUGAACAAUAAAA